CUUCAAAAAGUGAAGAAGAAAAUGCAACUCAAUUCUAUUCAUUUCUCCUUGUUUCUUUUUUUCUCGUUGGUUUCACUUAACAUCGCUGGUGCCGGUGGUUCCGGUGACCAGAAAACACUGACGACCUCCAUGGAGGGCUCAAAUGCUCCGAGUGGUGCUACUGGUUCCGCCUAUGGUCCUAGCUGGGACUACAGCUGGGGAUGGGGUUCGAGCCCCGGGAUUGGAUGGGGUUACGGCUCGGGCUCGGGGAGGUCGCCCAAUGGGUUCGGGAGGGGUUAUGGGUUUGGGUUUGGGUCCGGAACGGGGUCUGGUUCGGGGUAUGGGUAUGGGUCUGGAAGUGGUGGUGCCCAUGGCGGUGGCUACGGUUCUGGAAGUGGACAAGGGAACUCCGGGGGGGCGGCUCGGCUGGAGGAAGCGGUGGUUCGAGUGAAAAUGGAAACGGCAACCGUUGGCCGUCUGUUGACAGGAACCACCAUGGUUAAUUCUCAUGUCGGGAAACUAUGCUUAGUAUGUAAUAUAAAAUAGAUGGUGUGUAAAAUUAUAUAUAUAUAACGAGUGUUACGGCGGUUUUAUAAGUUAAAAAGCUUAUAUAUGUUUA